GAAAUGACUAACUCCGUUCAAAACGUAGAAGCACUACUGUUUCACCUCCUGCGCUUCCUGACUUCUUUGGUUUUGGUUUACUGUUGUUUUGUUGUUGAACUCCAAUACUUGAUGGCCAAAAGUAUAAAUAUUGCAAAGGAUCGAAGUUUCGUUGGCAAGGUAUUAAUUCGAUGUGCUUGAAUGACAAUGGAGACUACUAAAACACUUAGAAAUUUUGAUCCAGACACAAUAAAUAGAUUAUUGAUGUCUAUGGGUCAUUUAAAGUUCUCUCUACGGUCUCUUGCUUCAGAAGGUGUCGUUUGUUCAGAAGAUGCAGUGUUGACUACUGAGGAAUGUGAAAGUUUUCCUUGUGAUGUCCCUAUAGAAUCCAAUAAGAUCUUGGAGAAAGCAAUAUCUGAAAUAGCUUCAACACCGGAAAAUAGUGAUGCCAAAUGUGCCAAGAUUCCCAAUAAUAAAACUUCUAUUGAAAAUCUACAAAUUGUUCGAGAUAAAUUACGUAAAGAACUGAAAAAUAUUCGUUUGUAUCAUCAAUCUAUUCUUUCUGAAAAACUUGAGGAAAAGAAUAAUUUAACUAGUUGAUAGUUCUAGGUUUUUAUUAUUAUGUUUUAAAUUGUAGAGUUA